AUGAUUAAUAAACGCUACACAAAACUCAAGAAAAUCGGGUCAGGCUAAAACGGGGAAGUCUGGAAAAUUAUAGAUAAUGUGACAGGAGUAAAGUUUGCUAUAAAAUAUGUAAAACUAUACUAUCAAUCAUUGAUCGAUUAUUAGCUGAAACACAACGAGGAAUUUCUUGUAGAAUAAGAUAUCUAUAAGAUAUUUAAAAGGAAGUAGAUCAGUGGAUUCCCUAGGUAUAUAGAAUCCUCUUCUUCUAGGGAUCAAGCUUUCAUUAUCUUUGAGAAGAUGGGUCCAUCAUUAGACUAGUAAAUAGAUAAAUCACUCUGCUAAAAACUUUCUACCACAGUUGUAAUGAAAAUUGGCAUUCAAUUAAGAUAUUAAACCCUAAAAUAUUCUAUUCAAAGACAAGACAUUCAGAACUAUUUCAUAGUAUUAGAUCAGCUUGAUAGACUUUGGAGCAUUUGCAAGUUUGAAUCAGAUGCAAGGUCAUCCACCGUCAAGAAAAGAUGA